AUGUUGCCCGUUUCUUGCUUGCGACUGUGCCAGGCGGCCCGCGCAGUCGACCGCAAAGACAGCAAAACCAAGGGCGUGCUGCUGGCGUGCGCGGUGGCCGUGGUCACCUGCGGGCUCGUGGGCGCGCGGGCCCGCGCCUUCGCCCAGGGCAGGGAGGUCCUGGUGACGGGGGCCUCGGGCCGCACGGGCAGGCUCGUGGUCCAGAGGCUCCUCGAGGCCGCCGGCAAGUUCCAGGUUCGCGCCCUCGUCCGCAGCGAGGGCAGCGGCAAGGAACUGCUGGGAGCCUUGCCAGGGCUGAAGGAGGAGAAGGUCUUCGUCGGCGACGUCCUGUCGCCCGAGACGCUGCCGCCCGCCAUCGCUGGGUGCCUGGCCCUAGUCAUCGUGACUUCGGCCGUGCCCAGGACG